CUAACGUCAGCUUCCUAAAGGUAGGGCAUGCCAACGAUGAGAAAACAUGUUCAUAUUAUUUCGUUUCCGCUCUCGAAGUUAAUAUAAUAUUGUCAGCUGACUCCCAAGUUAUAAGGAACAUCCGGGACUCCUGUCUUCACACAUUGGUGGCGGAGCUGUAACGAAAGUAGGCGUCAAGUCUUGUGUGUGAGUGUGUGACCUCUGGGCUGUGAUGGCGGCAGUUGGACCUCCAGGGCCAGGUGCCACUGGAUGUGUGACCAAGGUGGCGCUGAGUGUUUCCUGUAACAAUCUGCUGGACAUGGACCACUUCUCGAAAUCUGACCCUCUGUGUUUGCUUCUCAUGAACAGCUCAGGAUCUCAAUGGUGGGAGGUUGGCCGGACAGAGAAAAUCGACAACUGCCUUAAUCCUGCAUUUUCCAAGACUUUUGUCAUUGACUACUACUUUGAGAUGGUGCAGAAGCUGAAGUUUCAGGUGUUCGAUAUUGACAGUGAUGACAGCAGUCUGGCAGAUGCCGACUUCCUAGGAGAACUGGAGUGUACACUGGGACAGAUUGUGUCUUCAGGAAAACUAACGAAACCACUUCUCAUGAAGGACAAGAGGCCUGCUGGAAAAGGAACCAUUACUGUACACGCUGAAGAGAGAACUGACAGCAGGGUGGUGGAGUUUGAAGUCGCAGGGAGAAAACUGGAUAAAAAGGAUUUUUUUGGAAAAUCUGACCCCUUUCUGGAAUUCCACAAGCAGACGGCAACUGGAUGGAUGCUGGCUCACAGGACAGAGGUGGUGAAAUACAACCUGAACCCAACGUGGAGACCGUUCCGAAUCCCAAUCCAGGCACUCUGUGGAGGUGACGUGGAGAAACCUAUUAAGAUCGACUGUUACGACUACAACAACAGCGGAUCUCACAACAUCAUCGGAAGCUUUCAGGCCACACUCUGCCAAAUCCAGCAGGCAUCACAAACAUACGCGGCUGAGUUUGAAUGCAUCAACAGCAAGAAAAAGCAGAAGAAGAAAGGAUACAAAAACUCUGGUGUUAUCGUCAUAAAAAAAUGCAAGACAGUGAAGGAGUACACUUUUCUGGAUUACAUAAUGGGCGGCUGUCAGUUUAACUUCACCAUUGCCAUUGACUUCACAGGCUCCAACGGGGAUCCCAGGUUCCCUCAGUCCCUCCACUACAUCAGCCCUAAUGGCUAUAACGAGUACCUGUCGGCUAUCUGGGCCGUGGGCAGCGUGAUCCAGGACUAUGACAGUGACAAGUUGUUCCCUGUGCUUGGAUUUGGAGCUCAGAUCCCACCUACCUGGCAGGUCAGCCAUGAGUUUCCUGUCAACUUCAAUCCAGGAAAUCCUUUUUGUGAAGGUAUAGAGGGUGUGGUCACCGCCUACCAGCAGUGUCUGCCUCAGGUGAAGCUUUAUGGCCCCACAAACUUUUCUCCGGUCAUCAACCACGUGGCCAGUUUUGGCAGGCAAGCCAUGCAGCAGGAGACUGCCUCUCAAUACUUCGUCCUGCUCAUCAUCACCGACGGAGUGAUCACAGACAUGGACGAGACGCGCAACGCCAUCGUUAACGCCUCCCGUCUGCCCAUGUCCAUCAUCAUCGUGGGAGUCGGGGGGGCGGAUUUCAGCGCCAUGGAGUUCCUGGACGGAGACGACGGAAAUCUACGCUCGGCAACAGGCGAAGCAGCCAUGCGGGACAUCGUGCAGUUUGUGCCGUUCAGGCAGUUCCAAAAUAGUCCUCCCGAAGCGCUUGCUCAGAGUGUCUUGGCAGAAAUUCCAGAUCAAGUGGUCAGCUUCUUCAAUACCAUGAAGCUGAGACCGCCCCACUCGGAUGGCACGCCUCUCCCUGACCCGUCAGCAUCAGCGCCACCCCUCUGAUGUAUCCCAAGGGACCACACUCCCGCCUCUAAAUGCACGGACAGUCACUUUUAUCUAGAAUACUGGAGGCAAAGUCACAUUUUAACUUGAAAAUGAUUUAUUAGGAGAUCAAUACUCACAACCCAAACUCCUUGAGGUUAUAUGAGCAUGCCACGUUUAGUCUUAUAGUUAAAGCCAAUCAUCUCCUAACAUUUCUUUCAUUUCAACAUUUAACCUAUACUUAAUGUAUUUGACUGUUAUGUUACUCAAGUGCCAGGAUUGUUUAGAAUUUAAGUGAUUUCUUAUGUUAUGAAUCUGCACACUAGACUAUGUAUUAUAGGAGGAUUUGACUGAAAUCAGUGCCACUUCUCUGAAGGCCUUUAGUUUUUGUGUAAAAUCCAAGGCAGCUAAUAACAUCCAUCUCAUUAGUCUGUCUGAUUGUCAAUCGAAGUGUCAUGAAAGGGCUGAAUACUAACAUGUUUCUACUGCUGUUGAUCAGAUUUAGCUUCCAGUAGCUUUAUAUUACAUAUAUUACCUCCCAGGUUUUUCACUCCUGCAUGUUUCUCUUAGCUUGACCUCAGCCAACGCUAAGACCAGACCAAAUACAAUUCAGAUAAACUUCAGAAAUGUUUACAUGAGGACAGCAUUGACUUUUUGUAGAAGGAACACUACAAAAACUACAACGCUGCUGCUGUUUUGUACUUCACUCAGUUUCUUUAAAAAAAAAGUUCAGUUCUUUGUUUGAUUUUCUGAUUGUUUGAUAUACUGCUUGGUGCCUUCAUAUAAGUGUUAUACAAGGAGAAUCCACAAGUUAUCAGUUAUCAUCGGCAAAAUGCAUGUUUACAUCAAAGCUCUUUAGAGGUUAGGUGCCUGUUAUCCAUAUUGCAUAAUACAUCAUGAAGUGUGUAUCUUCAUCUGAGAGAUUAGUUUUUUGCACUCAUUAUUGUUUUAUUGUCUUAUGUAGUAUUGUCUUCAUUAUGGAGUUUUAUUUUUUUUUAACCAAUAUUUUAUGUAAAAAUGCUAUACAAAAAAAGCAGAAUUUAACCUACAUAGUAGUGCUUCUGUUGUUUGUGUUGUUCCCUUCAUGUCAUGACAUCAGUUACAUUACUGACAGCCAAAUUAGUCCAUUCUUGAAAUAUAUGUGUGUAUGCGAAUCAAAAAAAGUUCAAUACAGAUAUUCGAGAAUGUAA